AGUUCCAAAGCAAUAUAUAAGGACUCUGGAACAGCCCUGAGAGCAGACACACUCUCUGCUAGGAAUGAUGUCGUACCUGAAAGUUAUGAUCCUAUGGAACAUACUUUGCUUAUCCCUGGUGGUCCUUUCACUGUCCUUGAUUCCAGAAGUGUCUUCUCAAGAUGUAUCGAGCUGUACAGGGAGAUGUGGGGCAGGGUAUUCUAGAGAGCAUGACUGCCAGUGUGAUUAUAACUGUCACCACUACAUGGAGUGCUGCCCUGACUUCAGGAAAGUCUGCACAGUGGCUGCCUCCUGCAAGGGACGCUGCUUUGAAUCCUUCGAGAGGGGAAGGGAGUGUGACUGCGAUGCCGAGUGUGAGCGAUAUGGCAAAUGCUGCCCGGACUACGCCAAGCACUGUAAAGAGGCACACACAGAAAAGCCAACUCCGGAGACUCCUCCAGAAAACAAAUCAACAUCUAAAAGAUCCUCCACAGAUAAGGAAGAGUCACCAGAGGAAGCUGUGGAAGAUCCUGAAAUCCAAGUGACCACUCCUGCUCCAACUACAGAAACUGCAGAGACGACCCAUGGAGCCACAGAGGCAACAACAAAUGAAGACUCUCCCACAACCCCAAAGAUAGAGGAUACAACCCCUGAGGCCACAAAGGAACCAGUGACAGAAGCUGAACUUCCCACUCCGGAUAUGGCAGAGGAUGUGACCCCUGAUGCCACAGAGGAACCACUGACUGAAGUGGACCCUACAGACUUCCCCCCAACACAAGACCCAACUCCUGAUGCCACCGAGACACCAGAUACCGACACCGAGCCACCCACAAUGCCCGCACCAGAGGAGACAACCCCAGAGGAGCCCACAACCCCUGCACCAGAGGAGACAACUCCGGAGGAGCCCACAACCCCCACACCAGAGGAGACAACCCCUGCACCAGAGGAGACAACCCCAGAGGAGCCCACAACCCCUGCACCAGAGGAGACAACUCCGGAGGAGCCCACAACCCCCACACCAGAGGAGACAACCCCUGCACCAGAGGAGACAACCCCAGAGGAGCCCACAACCCCUGCACCAGAGGAGACAACCCCAGAGGAGCCCACAACCCCUGCACCUGAGGAGACAACUCCAGAGGAGCCCACAACCCCUGCACCAGAGGAGACAACCCCUGCACCUGAGGAGCCCACAACCCUGGCACCAGAGGAGACAACCCCAGAGGAGCCCACAACCCCCACACCAGAGGAGACAACUCCUGCACCUGAAGAGCCCACAACGCCUGCACCAGAGGAGACAACCCCAGAGGAGCCCACAACCCCUGCACCAGAGGAGACAACCCCCACACCUGAGGAGCCCACAACCCCUGCACCAGAGGAGACAACCCCUGCACCAGAGGAGCCCACAACCCCUGCACCAGAGGAGAGAACCCCUGCACCUGAAGAGCCCACAACCCCAGAGGAGCCCACAACCCCUUCAGCAGAGGAGACAACCCCAGAGGAGCCCACAACCCCUGCACCUGAGGAGACAACCCCAGAGGAGCCCACAACCCCUGCACCAGAGGAGACAACCCCUACACCUGAAGAGCCCACAACUCCUGCACCAGAGGAGACAACCCCCACACCGGAGGAGCCCACAACCCCUGCACCAGAGGAGACAACCCCAGAGGAGCCCACAACCCCUGCACCUGAGGAGACAAACCCAGAGGAGCCCACAACCCCUGCACCAGAGGAGACAACCCCUACACCUGAAGAGCCCACAACUCCUGCACCAGAGGAGACAACCCCCACACCGGAGGAGCCCACAACUCCUGCACCAGAGGAGACAACCCCAGAGGAGCCCACAACCCCUGCACCUGAGGAGACAACCCCUGCACCUGAGGAGCCCACAACCCCUGCACCAGAGGAGACAACUCCAGAGGAGCCCACAACCCCUGCACCAGAGGAGACAACCCCAGAGGAGCCCACAACCCCUGCACCAGAGGAGACAACCCCAGAGGAGCCCACAACCCCUGCACCAGAGGAGACAACCCCCACACCUGAGGAGCCCACAACCCCCACACCAGAGGAGCCCACAACCCCUGCACCACAGGAGCCCACAACUCCUUCAGCAGAGGAGACAACCCCUGCACCAGAGGAGACAACCCCAGAGGAGCCCACAACCCCUGCGCCAGAGGAGCAUACAACCCCCACACCUGAGGAGCCCACAACUCCCACACCCGAGGAGCCCACAACCCCUGCACCAGAGGAGACAACCCCAGAGGAGCCCACAACCCCAGAGGAGCAUACAACCCCCGCACCAGAGGAGACAACCCCAACCCCUGCACCAGAGGAGACAACCCCAACCCCUGCACCAGAGGAGACAACAUCAGAGGAGUCCACAACCCCUGCACAAGAGGAGACAACCCCUGCACCUGAGGAGACAACCCCCACACCUGAGGAGCCCACAACCCCUUCAGCAGAGGAGACAACCCCAGAGGAGCCCACAACCCCUGCACCAGAGGAGACAACCCCUGCACCUGAGGAGCCCACAACCCCUGCACCAGAGGAAACAACCCCUGCACCUGAGGAGCCCACAACCCCUGCACCAGAGGAGACAACCCCAGAGGAGCCCACAACCCCCACACCAGAGGAGACAACUCCUGCACCUGAAGAGCCCACAACCCCUGCACCAGAGGAAACAACCCCUGCACCUGAGGAGCCCACAACCCCUUCAGCAGAGGAGACAACCCCAGAGGAGCCCACAACCCCUGCACCAGAGGAAACAACCCCUGCACCUGAGGAGCCCACAACCCCUUCAGCAGAGGAGACAACCCCAGAGGAGCCCACAACCCCUUCAGCAGAGGAGACAACCCCAGAGGAGCCCACAACCCCUGCACCUGAGGAGACAACCCCAGAGGAGCCCACAACUCCUGCACCAGAGGAAACAACCCCUGCACCUGAGGAGACAAUUCCGGAGGAGCCCACAUCCCCUAAACAAGAGGAAACAACCCCUAAACCAGAGGAGACAACCCCCACACCAGAGGGGCCCACAACCGCUGCACCCAAGGAGACAACCUCAGAGGAGACAACACCAAAGGAGCCCAUAACUCCUAAACCAGAGGAGCAAACAACCCCCAAACCAGAGGAGACUACUCCUAAAGAACCAACGACCUUGGCAGACUCUCCCACCGUCACUAACCCUGAAGAGACAACCCCAGAGGAGCCAACAAUAACCAAACCUGAAGAGACAACCUCAGAAGAGCUGACCACCAUGGCAGACUCUCCUACCACCCCCAAACCUGAAGACACAACUCCAGAGGAACCUACAACCAAGGCAGACUCUCCUACCACUCCCAAAUCUGAAGAAACAACCACAGAAGAAACUACAACCAAGGCAGACUCUCCCACCACCCCUACAGCAGAGGAUGCUGACUCUCCCACCAGCCCUGCAGCUCCUGAGGCCAAUACCACUGCCAGUAAAGCCACAGCUUCUCCAGGCAAUGCUGCAGCCACAACAGUUGGGAAGGACUCCUCCACACUUGAAGCGGGCAUGAUAUUUUCAGAUUCCGCAAUGGAGAGCAAGGAGACAACAACACCCAAGAAAGACAGAACUACUCUGCUUAAAGAUAUUUUCACAGCUGCAACUGGGAAAGACACAGUCACUGUAGCUACGGUGACAACAGUUAAACCAGGUGAUUCUCCUAAAGGUAUGGAUGACAUUCCAAACACAUCUCCUAUGGCUGAGCAACCUGUCACUACAGUAGCUGAAUCAGAAACAACUUCUAUAGACACCAAGACUGCAACAACAGCAGCCACAGCUCCCUUGCCUGAUCCCACUGUGCUGGUAACAACCAUCAAAGAAGAUUCAACAAUUCAACCCAGUGAGGCUGUAACACCAAAUGGAAAAGAGACAGCUACAGACACUGAGCAGGCUGGGCCAGCAGCAGACAAAGAGAGCCCAGGUGCUGCUUGUGUUAUUGUGGAGAUGACAACAGCUGGUAAAAAAGAGGUAACAACCAUCAAAGAAAUCGAUACCACACCUGAAAAACAAAUGGAAGAUGUCACUGAAAAGGCCCCUGGUAUUGUCAAAGAAGAGGUAACUACAGUUACCAAAGAAACCACAACAAGGGAUAAAAAAGAUACAAUAGAAGAAAUGUAUCUUGUGUCUAAUGGGACAUCCAAGCCAACAAUACAUUUCCAGGAGAUCACUGAGGCCAGAGAAGAGCCUCACCCAACUGAACCUGAAAUUCUGCCAGCCAAAGAAGAGCCUGAGAUAAACAAGCCUUUAAUACAAGUUGGGGAGCUGCCAAUGUUCCCUGGAGUGACACAAGAGAGGAAGAACGACGAGAAGGACCUGUGCAGUGGCAAGCCAGCGGACGGCAUGGUGGCCCUGCCCAAUGGCACCCUGGCCGUCUUCCGAGGUCACUAUUACUGGCUGCUGAACGGCCGGACCCCGCCGACCACCAACCCCCGCCGGAUCAGUGACGGCUGGGGCAUCCCCUCGCCCAUUGACUCUGUCUUCUCCAGGUGCAACUGCGAUGGGAAAACCUUCUUCAUCAAGGGUCCCCUGUACUGGCGCUUCACUAAUGGUGUUAUGGAUGCAGGCUAUCCCAAACCUCUUGCAACUGGAUUUGCAGGGUUAAGUGGGAGAAUAGUAGCAACCCUCCCUGUGGCAAGAUACAACAACAGACCAGAAUCUGUUUAUUUUAUCAAAAGAGAUGGGAACAUGCAGCAGUACGUGUACAGACAAGAACCAGCCAAGAAGUGUCAAAGAAGAGCCAGGGUCACCAUCAGAUACCCAGCCUUUGUCCCCAGAGUCGUCAUCCGGCGACGCUUCCAGCGUGCUGUGCAAAUGCCGACCGUCAUCCGCACCGUCAGGAUCAAUCCCCACCCCUCUGGAGUUCUGCGCAAGGAAAUCCAAAUGACGACGUACUGGAGAGGGCUCCCCAAAGUUAUCCACUCAACUCUCUCUGUGCCCAACCAGAACAAGCCCGAUGGCUACGAUUACUAUGCCUUCUCCUACAAUCGGUACUACAGUUUGGAUAUUGGCAAAAGAAUAGCACGACCUGUUACUGCUCUCACAGGAAAGACUGUAUCCAAAGACUGGUACAACUGUCCCAGCAAGUGAUGUGCAGCAGAGGAGUUUAAAACAAGAUGCCAUUU